AUGGCGACGCCACCGGCCGCGUCCGCGCGCUUCUUCUGCGACGAGCUGGAAGACGACGUUGCUGCGCCCAGCAUCCCUAACCACCCGCUACGCCUCAAGCCGUACACCUCCCUGCCCCAGGAGGAGCCGAGUCCGCUCGCGCAGGAAACUGUGGACCUCAUUGCACGCAACGUCGUGGGCCGGCGGACGCUCUUCUCGACGCCGUUUGGAACCCGCGCCUUGUGCUACGCGGACUUUACAGCCAGCAAUAAACCGCUGCAAUGUAUCGAGGACUAUCUCCUGCGAGAGGUCAUGCCGCUGUACGGCAACACGCACACGACGACGUCCAUCACGGGGCUCCAGUCCACGUGCUUCCGGCACGAAGCGCGGCAGAUCAUUGCCCAGGCUGUUAAUGCCAAGACCACGGGUCGAGGAGCUGAAGAUUGUGUGCUGUUCACGGGCCACGGAAGCACCAGUGCCGUCGUGAAGCUCGUGCAGGCGCUCGGGCUCGAGCGCGGUCGUACGCCGCUGGCGGACGGAGCGGACGGAGUGGACGACCGGGCGGUCGUGUUUGUCGGACCUUUUGAGCACCACUCGAACUUGCUUCCGUGGCGAGAAAGUGCGGCGGACAUUGUGACGAUAUCUGAGACGGGACAGGGACUUGUGGACCUGCAAGUGCUGGAGCAGCAGUUGAAGCGGCACGCUGCACGUCCGCUGAAAAUCGGCGCGUUCUCGGCUGCGUCUAAUUUGACUGGCGUGCUCACGGAUGUGGACGCUGUGACUGCUUUGUUGCAUCAAUAUGGUGCCUUGGCGUGCUGGGACUAUGCGACGUGUGCGCCGUACGUGGACAUUGACGUGAACCCUGUGGUGGCGGACGAAUCGCGACGUCCGUUUGUCUACAAGGACGCAGUGUAUUUCUCUGGGCACAAGUUUAUCGGUGGACCGGGGGCGCCCGGGGUGUUGAUAGUCAAGAAGCGGCUGCUCACGAAUGCUGUGCCGACGGUUCCUGGAGGUGGCACCGUGUUUUUCGUGACGGAGAAUGACCAUCGGUACCUGUCGAACCGGGCAGAACGUGAAGAGGGCGGCACGCCGGAUAUCAUUGGCAGUAUCCGUCUGGGACUUGCGAUGGAGCUUAAGCAACGGGUAGGGGCAAAGCACAUUAUGAUGUUGGAACAACGCCAUGUUCGCCGUACUCGCGAGGUGCUUGGUCAGAUCAAGAACGUGGUGCUGCUUGGACGCCAGGACGAUCAGAUCGAGCAGUUGCCCGUGUUUUCGUUCCUUGUGCGGUUUGGGCGUCGCUUCUUGCACUACAAUUUCGUGUGUGCACUGCUGAACGACCUUUUUGGCAUUCAAACACGUGGUGGCUGUCAGUGUGCUGGUCCGUAUGCUACUCGUCUCCUGGGUCUUGAACGUCGUGAUGUAUUGGCUCUAGAGCAUGCGCUAAUUGAAAAGAAGGAGAUGUUGCGUCCUGGAUUCACUCGGAUGAGUUUCCCGUAUUUUAUGACCACUGAGGAAGUCGAGUACGCGCUGGCAGCUGUUGACUUUGUGGCUACUGACGGCUGGAAGUUCUUGCCGCAGUAUAAGUUUAAUCACAAGAGUGGGGUGUGGAAGCACUGGACUCGCUUCACUAAGUUCCCGGAUCGAAAGUGGAUCUCUCACUUUGCAACCCAACUAGAGGACAAGACCCGAUCCAAGAAUCUCGAUGAUCGUGUCGAAAGAAUUGCGGCCCAUCGCGCCGCAAAUUUAGCGGAGGCGCACCGGUUAGCAAGCGAAGUGACUGAGAAGAGUGUUUUAGGUCAUGUGGUUGCCGCGUCUGCUGCACAAAUGCUCGAGGAGACGGAAGAUGAGGCGCUUCGAUGGUUUGUCUACCCUUCAGAGGCGGUCGAAGCCAUCAAGAAGGGAGAGACACCUACGUUAUCAGCGAGUAUUCGUGGUCCCUUCCAGCCUGCUCGUUAUCUCACCGGCGAACUCAUUGAUCAGUGGAAAGGUGCAUCCAUUUGUAGUGAUGUCUCUGUUCCGGUCUGUGGUACGACAACGUGCAUUCCCGUGUCAUCAAUCUUGACUGUUGUGGAUGGUAGCAGCUACCCGACAGAGACUGUUGAAGCUGCUGACAGCCGCAAAACAGGAGGCAAGUACCCGCUCCGCUUGACAAGCGGCAAUGGAACUGUCGAGUCUCUGGUUGCUACGAGCUGUAGCUCUGGCUCUUGCGCUACUGAAUCCAAUGGGGCGAGUACAGCACCGACACGGUCAAUUAGCACGACUACUGCUACUGUGCAGGAAACGUUGACGGCAAUCACUCAGAAGACAAUUGCUACAAAGAUGUUCCCGACACCUCCGAAAAAACUCGUACGCUGGGUGGGCCAGGCGAUGAUGCAGUGGAAUAUGAUUCAAGAAGGAGAUCGACUGCUGCUCGGUGUGUCUGGCGGCAAAGAUUCUCUCAGCUUACUGCACGUGCUGCUUCAUUUCCAGAAGCGAGCUCCUAUCCGCUUUGAACUCGCUUGUGCGACAGUGGACCCGCAGACGCCCUCGUUUGACCCGAGCUCGCUGAAGGAAUACAUGCGUGCGCUCGGCGUGCCUCACUACUAUCUGUCGGAGAACAUCAUUGAGCGUGCAAUGUGUGAAAUGAACGGUGACUCUCUGUGCAGCUACUGCGCACGCAUGAAGCGCGGUGUUCUGUAUACGUGUUGUCGCAACCACGGGUUCAAUAAGCUCGUGCUGGCUCAGCAUCUUGACGAUCUCGUAGAGAGCUUUUUCAUGUCGGCCAUGCACAACGGCCAGCUGCGGACGAUGAAGGCGAAAUACUGGAACGACCAGCAGGACGUGGAGGUGCUGCGUCCGUUGGCGUAUGUACGGGAGAUUGAACUGAAGAAGUUUGCGUACGAUUCGCGUCUGCCCGUGAUCAACGAGAACUGUCCUGCUUGUUUCGAGGAACCGAAAGAGCGCCAUCGCGUCAAAAAGAUGCUCGCUCAAGAGGAGAGUUUGUACCCUGAUAUGUACAAUAGUCUACGUCGGGCACUGCUGCCGCUCAUGGAUGACGCUAGCUAUGCACCGCUGGAGGCUGUGCGUGCGCGUGUGGAACAGGCCAAGCACGAGCGCAAACGACCUUCUUCCAGCAAAGGACUGAAGAAUAGUCAUGUGAAGGGGAAGAGCUUGGCAGCAUCGACGACGAGUAGCUCAACAGAGAAAGAGACGAGUGAGGAUGUUGCAACAAGUGCCGAGGUGUUGGUGCAGCAGCACACUUUGUCACAUGUUCAAGACCAUCGACGGUAG